UGGGUGUUACACACGUGGGGAGUUUUAAAACAUCGCCUCCUCGCUUAAGAUAUUGUGUAGUCUUGGGUCUGAAGCAAACGGAGGAAGAUGAGUGAAGACGUGGAGCGGCUCCUGAUCCAGUUCCAGGACGAGCAGGGGGAAGUUCUGGGUUCACCUUUUGAUGUGCCUCUUGACAUCACCCCAGAAAAACUCCAGCUGGUCUGCAAUGCACUGCUGCAGAAGGAGGAACCAGUGCCACUGGCGUUUUUUGUGCGUGGAGAGGCAGAGGUGGUGUCCUGUCUGGGCUCUUGUGUGAAGGCUCUUGGGGUUGAAACAGAGCAAGUCCUGCCAGUGGUGUACCAGCCACAGGCUGUGUUCAGGGUCCGGGCUGUGGCUCGCUGUACCAGCACAUUACAGGGACACACAGAAGCUGUCAUCUCAACUUCAUUCAGUCCUACUGGCAAAUAUUUAGCCAGUGGUUCAGGUGAUACCACAGUACGUUUUUGGGACUUGACGACUGAGACGCCUCACCACACUGCCAAAGGACACACACAUUGGGUUCUGAGCAUCGCCUGGUCACCUGAUGGCAAGAAGCUGGCGUCGGGGUGCAAAAACAGUCAGAUCUGUCUGUGGGAUCCAGUGACAGGCACACAGAUAGGGAAGACUUUGACAGGACACACUAAGUGGAUCACUUGGCUCUGCUGGGAACCUCUGCAUCUCAACCCAGAGUGUCGGUAUUUAGCCAGCAGCUCAAAAGAUGGCUCAAUACGAAUUUGGGACACCGUGUUGGGACGUUGUGAGAAGAUCCUGACUGGACACACUCAGUCUGUCACCUGUGUGAAGUGGGGAGGAGAUGGACUUCUCUACACUUCCUCUCAGGACAGGACGGUCAAAGUUUGGAGAGCCAAAGAUGGUGUCCAAUGCAGGACUCUGCAGGGUCACGCCCACUGGGUGAACACCCUGGCUCUCAGCACAGACUACGUCUUGCGAACUGGAGCUUUUGAGCCUGCAACUGCCACUGUCAACCCCCAGGACCUCACUGGAUCAUUGGAAGAGUUGAAGGAGAAUGCUUUGCAGAGAUACAAUAAAGUUAGGGGUUCAGCCCCAGAGCGUCUGGUGUCUGGCUCAGAUGACUUCACCUUGUUCUUAUGGAAACCUGCAGAAGACAAGAAGCCUUUGGCAAGGAUGACAGGUCACAGUGCCCUGGUCAAUGAAGUGCUCUUCUCCCCAGACACCAGGCUCCUUGCCUCUGCCUCAUUCGACAAGUCCAUUAAAAUCUGGGAUGGGUGCACUGGAAAGUACUUAAUAUCCCUACGUGGCCAUGUGGCAUCUGUGUAUCAAGUGGCAUGGUCAGCAGACAGCCGGCUGCUUGUCAGUGGCAGCAGCGACAGCACACUGAAAGUCUGGGACGUCAAGACUGGAAAGCUUAAUAUGGAUCUACCUGGCCAUGCUGAUGAGGUUUAUGCAGUGGACUGGAGUCCUGAUGGACAAAGAGUAGCUAGUGGCGGGAAAGACAAAUGUCUUAGAAUAUGGAGACGAUAGUCACACCUUUGUUGCUGUUCCUAACUUUGGAUGUCACAUGUACCGUCCCACCCAUUCCUCUACUGUCAAGCAGCCUGAUGGCUGAAGAAGGAUGGCUAGAAUCUACAUAAUGCCACAAUUGGCUGUAUCACACUGUCUGUCAACAAUGGCAUUGUGUCAAGGAACUCUAAUAUCAUCAUGAUGCAGAUGACCUGUGCGGGUUUGAAACCCAUGUGGGAAUUUUACAGAUAUAACACUGUAAAGGUGUUUAGCCGAAUGGGAUUGGGAAUUGGCAGUUUAUAAUCAUCAGGAUAUUAAACUGUAAAAUAUAAUUCAGUAUCUGCAACUCAAAUUCCAAUACUGAAAGUUGUUAAUGUAGGCAUUGAUUUGCCCACUUCAGAGGCUCUGACAUGCUUCUGAAAUCAUAUUAAAGCCUUCUUAUAGUUCCACACCCAUUUGCCGAGGCCACAAACAAGGUUAUGUACUUUUAAAUGUAUUCAUAGCCAAAUGUAGAUUUUAAAGAGGAUGAAUUCAUUCAAGUGUUAAGAGUAAAACAGGAUCUAAUUAGCAUAUCAGGAAACCAAAUGUUCUUUUCAACAGUAUGUGUGUCCCUCUCCUUUUCCUUAAGCCUUACAUCAUGAACUAAACAAGUUGACAGGUGGAGCAGUAAGACAACAGGUGGGAGAGCUAAUAACCUUCCUCUGUGAUGUUAAUGCUGAUGGUGCUCGCCCUGCUCCUUUAGCCUUUAAUCUCCUCUGUCCUGCCGUCAGCAAAGCCUCAACCUGCUGAUUUUUCUGGCGCUGUGGUGAAGCCAAGUGUCACCAACUCUGAUUCUCAUCCCACUGUGGGAAAAAUCAGGUGCACAACUCCAGCUAUAAUAACCUGUUUUAUAUUUGGUUUUCUUUCAGAUUUGUGAAUAUUUAAAAUAAAUAUUUACU